AUGGCAAGUGCAGUCUUAGCUGUCGCUUCUCUACGAUUCUACAACGUGCUAGGAGCUUCAAGAACAGACUCCCGCGGCGAUAUCCGCAAGGCAAGGGGAGAACGGUUGCUUCGCUUUCACCCUGACAAGGUGCAACAAUCCGGUCAAAAGCUUCCAGUCAAGGCGGACGCCGUUCAGAGCAUCAAUGACGCUUGCCAAACUUUGGAGGUUGCGAAGCAAUGGUACCAGUUCGACCUCUACUCGUGUGCUUGCUGCGACAGCCCGCUCUUCGAGGCCGACCACCAAGACUUGGCUGGCCUUGUCAACUCUACCAACAACCCGGGAGGCGACACCAUCAUUGGCUGGUGUGCGGCUGGUCAUCCCAUGACCGUCUCGGACGCUCAAUUCGCGUACAGAGCUGUGGAAGUCAGAGGAUUGCCGGAGGUUCCUUUCUGCCCGGGUCAAAGCGACAGCAUCAAUGAAAGCCUUUGCGCAUGCCGCAAGUGCGCGGACAGUCAACCGGCUGGAAGCACGCCGGUGUUAUGGACCAACAGCGUGUGCUAUGAGUGUCGCAAUAUGGAGAUGUCCAAUCGAGAUACGGGGAUCCCGAUGGGGCGCUUUGGGAUGCCCAAAUGGCGUCCUGCUCUGAAAACGGCAGAGAUUUUUCUGCUUCCAACGGAGGAGCAGGGCUUCGAUACAAGGAAUGCUGACCCUAUGGACUUGGAUGGUAACGAGCCAAAGACUCCCGAGCCCGAGCCCACAACCCAAACCAUGCCCAAGCGCAUGCCUGAGCGCGCACCCAGAUCGACUCCAGCGUGCGCAAACACCAAGCCCGGGCAGCCAGGAGGGGCGUUCCGACCAACCACCGAGGAGCCGCCGGAGCGCGCACCUAAGCACGCCUUCCAGCCUAACCGCCCGAACGAGAAGUGUGCUCCCCAUCCCGCACCGCAAGCCAGUUCCGACUCAGAUCCUUCAGCUGCGAGGGCAGAGGCGUUGAUGAAACGGGGUUUGGAGAAGAUUGGACAGCGGGGAGAGGAGGGCUCCGGGGUGUCGUUGCUGAUCGAAGCCUCGAAGCUAGAUGGAUAUUUCGCCUCAAGUGCUCUAAGGGCUUGUCGGAAGCAGGCGGUGCAUCUUUUGGAGGUGUUUGAAACGGUCGCGGAGGGGGAGAAGGAGGGGUUUGCGGUAACUAUCGAGGGCCUUCUUGAGGGAGCCCUUGAGACUUUUCGAAAGGUGAAGACCCUCGGCGAUCAACCCGGAAAAGAAGCACUCCCCAAGGAACGGCUCGCGUCGAUGGCGGAUGAGCUUGCAACUUCCUUUGUGGGAUUCGGAAAGAGCAUCGCACUACACCGUAUCCUGAUGACGGCACUCCCCUUAGUCAUCUCAAGCAUCGAGGAGCUUGCAGCUCUUUCAACCUCAAGCCUUGAGUUGGAAGAAGCGGUGAAAGCUUUAGAGGACGCUAUUGCCUCUUGCGCCGAGGAGUUUAGCAAGCGGGAUCCCGCCAGCGAUCAGACGGAGGCCCUCCGCUUCAUGGACGAGGAAUUCGCGGCCAGACAUCCUCAUCUUGUGCGACUCGAGGUAAGCCCAAACGGGCUGUGCGCGUUUCUAGCGGUGGCAACCGGGUUGGCUGCUCAAGGGAAGCCCUUCGAAGGGGGCGUACCCGGUCUCAUGGAGGCGGCCUGGAAGCAAGCGAGGGAGCACCCUGAUUGGUACGACCAAGGGAGUCUAACGUUCGCCGAGGAGCUGGAGUCAAUGAUUGCUCAGUAUAAGAGGAGGCAAUGGAAUCACCCUCUGGGGGACGCCAUAGCGAAGAAACACUUGGAGUAA